AUGAAAAUUGAUAGUAAGCCUCUACGAUAUGCUCAUGCUGAGGGUCAUACAGAUGUUUGUUAUAGUGAGGAUGGCAGACAUAUUAUAACCUGUGGACAUGAUGGAGACGUCAGAAUAUGGCUGGACAUUGAGGAUGAUGACCCAACAUCUCACUGUGUUGGAGAAAGUGCACUUGCAGUGUGUUUUAAAGAUAAAAGGUUAUAUGUUGCCACUGACAAUCAUGCAGUUCAAGCAUAUACAUUCCCAGCGUUUGACAAAGAUGGUAUCAUCACUAGAUUUACUGCUCCUGUUACACAAAUAAUGUCAAGACCUAAAAUUGAGGUCCUUGGAUGCACAUCAGAAAAUAUGGAAGCUAAGAUAUGCAGCUUAGAAGGUGGCGCACCCCUAUUUGUCAUGCCUGAUCAUAAGGGCCCGGUGUUAAGUAUAGCAAUAUGCCCUAAUAUGAAGUAUGCAGCAACUGCCAGUGGCGAUGGUAUACUCAGAGUAUUAGAUAUAGAUACACAAAAGAUGGUCAAGGAACUUUCAUGUGUUCCAAAAAUAAAUACUUUUUAUGCAGCUAAGGUUUUAUGUCGCAUGGAUUUUGAGCCAUCAGAAGGCAAAUAUUUAGCUUAUCCAAACAACAGAGAAAUUAUUUUAUUGGACAGCAAUAGUUGGGGCCAGAGAAUGACUUUCUCUCACAAUACGAUAAAGUGUGCCAUAUCGCAGUGUCUAUUUUCCCCUUGUGGACAAUUCUUGGCUGGCAGCACAGUAGCUGGCCAGAUAGCUGUGUGGGAAGUGCAAAGCGGGGCUUGUAUGGACAUCAUAGAACAUCCCACUUCACAUAAUGUUUCUUCUAUGGCAUGGAGUCCCAAAGGGAACGGUGUAUUAGUAUACUGUGACGUGGCUGGCCAAAUGGGAAUGUUACAAAACUGCUAUGGAAAGGACAGCAACAAAAUUAGUGCUGAUGCAGAAUCUGGAGAUGUUGAAAGUGUUGAGAGGAUGGAUGAUAAUGAUGAGAUAGUCGAUGACCUAAUCCAAAAUUAUGAAAGUGAUGAUGACAAUGGAAUAUCAUUGGAGAAGAUUAAGAAUGAAACUCUUGGUUUGGUGGAGAAGGAUUCCCGCCCUGAGUCAAGGGUUAUGACUGCACUACCCUCUACCAUACCCCCCCAGGCACCCUUUCAGCCUUCGUCUACACCGUCGCACCUUGAACAUCGAUACAUGUGUUGGAACGAUGUCGGUAUUGUCCGCUGUCACAAUGCUGAAAAUGGUGAAUCGACGAUAGAUGUUGAGUUUCAUGACUCAAAUUUGCAUCACGGAAUACAUCUUAAUAAUUACCUGAACCACACUAUGGCGAGUCUAUCUACACAUGUAUUGGCGAUGGCCUGUGAAACUCCUAGUAAGUUGGUAUGUAUAUCGCUAGUUGGUAGCAGUAAAGAAUGGAGUGUUACAUUACCAGAUACGGAAGAAGUGCUGUGUGUCACAGCGGCCAGCGGAGUCGUCGCGUGCGCAACUAAUGCGAGGCUGUUAAGGAUUUUCACACCGAUGGGCACCCAGAGACAGGUCUUAUCACUACCGGGACCAGUCGUGUGUCUAGCAAGUUUCAAUACAACAGUAUUCGCCGUGUACCACCACACGGACCCCGGUCUGUCUGAUCAACAUCUAGCUAUGGACAUCAUUGCAUUCAACGGACGACAAGUGCGCAGCAAAACAGUCUUUAUUCCAUUGACUCCAGGAUCUAAAUUGGCCUGGAUUGGAACUAGUGACGCUGGUUCGCCGUGCACCUGCGACAGUACGGGUAUCGUCCGGCUUUAUGACGUCACCAGCGCAAUCUGGCUGCCCAUUUGUGAUACUACCACUCAUUCUAAGGGUGCUUCCGAUUCCUGGUUUAUGGUGUCCGUAAACGAACAAGCGCAAAAGCUUUGCGCAAUCAUGUGCAGAGGUGCCACGUUCCCCCUGACUGCACCGAAGCCUAUAGUGACAGAACUACCAAUACAGAUUCCAGUGUGCGAGUUGGAUACAGAGAAGAGUCAAUACGAGGAGCAGUUGGUGCGGUGGGCACAUACAACUUCUGAUGUGGAUGUCAAGGCUGCGAGGGAAACUUCGCUCAAAUUGUUCGCCUUAGCCUGCCGCAGCGAAAUAGAACAGCGCGCGAUAGAACUAAUGGAAUUGCUCAAAGACGACCGCCUAUUACCGUUAGCCGCUAAAUACGCGUCGCGACUUGGCCGAAUGCAUCUGGCCGACAAGUUAUCCAAUUUGGCCGACAGCUGGGAGCGACAGACCGAUAAACUGAACGUCGCAACGCACUUCCAAGAGCUUGACACGCAGGAGACCUAUGACGUCACUAGCACAGAGCAAGAUUUGAAUGCGAGCCUCAUUAUACCACAGAAGACUGUUAAAAAGAAAAUUGAGAAUGUCACGCCAAUUAAACCUGUUCCAAUAAAAUCGUCGCCGGGAGGUGCGCGGAAUCCCUUCAAGAAGCAACAGGACACGAACAAAAAUGUCCAAAGUCCACUAUCAUUAACAGAGAGAACGCUGGUGGAAGUACAUUCUACUGCAGAGGCGACGGAAAAUCAUGAUCCUUUAAAGCCGCUGGCAGGUGAAACAUUCGUCGACUGGUUUUCGCGAAACAGACAGACCCUAGAACAACAGAACCCCGAAAUGACACCGUCUGAAUUGACAAGGCAUUGUAUACGCACCUUCAAAAGCAGCCAAACUAACCCAACCGAGGGUAGUCAGAAAAGAAAAUUAGAUGAGAGUUUGGAGGAAUCGCCAGUUACCAAUGCACCGAAACAGUCUAAGCUUAGUGCGUUUGCGUUUGUGAAGAAGGAUUAA